AUGGGAUCGACGCGUCCGGCGCUCGGUGCGCACACCUUCGCCCCAGCACUUGGCCCAUCAGCCCACGCCGCGCCCAAACCUGAGCCCCGUCUUCAACCUUCACCGCUACCACUCCAACCUAUGAUCGAGACUCCAUUGCUCCCUUCAUCCAACACGCACAGGCCAUCGCCCACGGAAGGGUUGGCGUCGCACGAGUCCGCCUCGGAGCAAAAACUCGGAUUCGUUCCCAUCACCGCUCCCAAUCCUCCCAUGUUCAAGACCGACUCGCCCGACAAGAAGCCGGCCUUUCCCACUUUCGCCCACCAGACCUCCAUGCCCGCGCAGUCGGCCCUGUUCACCACAUUUUCCAGUGUGCACUCCACCGACGAGUCCACAGACAAUCGCUACGUGGACGACGCGGCGCAUGGCAGCUUUGCCGAUUUCCCGGAUCCCUCCUACGACGCCAAGGCGCCCAUGAAGCGCACCUUGAUGGAAGCCGCGCCGCUCAGAGAACGUCCGGUCAAGCGGCAAAAGUCGGACGACGCGCAGCUCUAUCGACUGCCCGAACCGCAUCAGAUGCCCGCGAUCGAGGACGACGGCACCAAGCCGCCGUACAGUUACGCGACCCUGAUUGGCAUGUCCAUCCUGCGCGCCCCCAACCGCCGUUUGACCCUGGCGCAAAUCUACAAGUGGAUCUCCGACACCUUUUCCUACUACAAGAACCUCGAUGCCGGCUGGCAGAAUAGCAUCCGACACAACCUGAGUCUCAACAAAGCGUUUAUCAAACAGGAGCGCCCCAAGGAUGACCCGGCAAGGUCUGCCUCUGCCCGCCGCGCCGCAGCGCGAGUUGAUCCCGCAGCCGCCCAGCGCCACCACCACCACCUGGGUGGUGCCCCCUCCCCGGUGCUGCGACAAAUGCCCCCGCUCAAGGCUCCCUCGCGCCUGGAGGAUCUCUCGUCGGAUGCAACGCUGCCCGCAUCGGAUCCCGCCUUGCAGGAAGAUACCGCAGAUGAAGCGCCCCGACGCACCGGGCCCCCUCGUCCCGCCCCCAUUCGAUCCUCUCCUCUUCAAGCCAUUCGAUCAUCGCCCCCCAUCCCCCCUCCUCGUUUCGCUCGUGCCGGGACCCGCCCACCCCCACGCAUCAGGCCGGCCCGACUCCGGCGCAGCUCGUCUGCACUGCGGCCCAACAAGGCCGGCCACAUCCUGACCUCAGACUUGGACAUCGAGCCACCUCGCAUCAAGCGGGGCCGCGCUGAGGAGGAAAUCGCCCGCAUGCGCAGCUCAUCGCAGGAGCACAGUCCCGGUGAAACUACCGCACGCAAGGAAACCAAGCCCGCGGUGGCGUCGUCGCCUCUGCGCGACGAGUAUGUGAGCAUGCUCCCACCCCCGCUGACCCCCGUGAUCAAGUUCAAGAAGCCGGCCAAGCCGCCCCCUUCCGUCUCGCCCAACACGAACCUGCGCAAUCACCGCCGCAAGAUCCAGAAGAUGGUCAAUUCCCCCAUCAAGCAAUUGGGCAUCGGAGAUGAUGAGCUCCUGCCCUGGAGCCCCGCCUUUACGCUCCUCGACGAGGCCUUUUCCUUGACCCCGGCGGAUCAUGCUCACAGUACCUUUGAUGUCUUUGCGGAUCCAUGUGGAGACACGUGCAUGUCCGCGGUCGCCCUUGGGUCUCCGGAGAAGCGCCCUCACAAGCGCCCUCGAUUCGAAAGCAACACUCAUCCCCUGACCGAUUUGAGCAAUUCCCUGGGGGGUCGGUUGAAUGUGCCCUCGCUCACUCGAUCCAAGUCGAGUACUUUCCCAGAAUCCCCGUCUCGCUUGCCCGACGGCUCGCGUCUCGCGGAGGGCAGUCAGGAUGACUUUUUCGCCUUCCACCUGUUUGAUGAGAGUAACGAUAGCCCCAACGAAGUGGACGGUGUUGAUCUGCUGCAAGGCUUUCAAAAGAUCGGUGGCUCCAACAAGGACGAGAGUCUCAAGCACAAGAUUCUCCAUGCGCGUCCUCAUUUGAAUGGUCGCAGCCACUCCACCAUGUUUUGA